GGCACCCCACAAAUUAAAAUUCAUUAUUUCAAAUCAAUAAAUAAUAAUCAUUCAAAACACAUUCCUCUCACAAGCCCCUUCAAGUUUCAUUCUAUUCCUUCUCUCUCUUUCUCUCUCAACCAUGCCUGUUGUCACAAACAGAACAACACCUACAGUGGCAGAGCACAUCAAAUGGAGAAGACCCAGAAACCAAUUCAACCAUCAACACCACCACCCCAUUCCAGAAUCAGAUCCAAACCCUCAAAUCCCUUCCAUAAUCCAAUCAACUAGGAGCAAGUCCACCAUAUCCUCCCUGCUCCUCUCCACUUUCUCCAACAAUACUCCCUCCUCCAAUAAUGACAGCCCCACCAUCAAUGCCACUGCCCAAAGCAAGAAAAAAACCAACUUUUCCGCAGCAACGUUCAGAGGGCUGGGGUGCACCGCCGGCGCGUCACAGCAGGUGUCGGUGCCAGCGGUGAUUCGCUCCUCCGCCGAUUGGCAAGGGAAGAAAACAAGAAAGAAGAAGCACAAGAGGACCACCAACGGCGGCAAGAACAAGACUUUCCAUGGCGGGAUUCUGGAGGGUUCCAAUCCUGGGUGUGUGGAUUUUCAAGAUGUUUGGUGUGGCCCUGGCAUUGGGUUCUCAGCAGAUGCUGCUGCCUCUGUUGAUUGUGUUGUGGCUCGGAAGAAUGUAUCUUCCAGAGGGAAAAUUGAUGUGGAUAAGAUUACUCACAGGGAGCGAUCAUCGUAUGUGGGAAGGCGCACAGAAACCUUCACUUUUCUGGACACUGAUUCUGACAUUUUCACGCCACGCUCUGCCUCUGACUCUUAUGGAACUGCAACAUACUAUCGUCAUGUUAGAGAUCCUUCAUCUGAUGGUUUUGCUGAGAUAAUGAUGCUUCAAGGGAGUCUACUAAUGGGUGGACAACUAAAUUCACACGAUCAAUAUAGAGACUGGAGACUUGAUGUUGAUAACAUGUCCUAUGAGCAAUUGCUUGAGCUUGGUGAGAGAAUUGGUCAUGUGAACACUGGACUUAAGGAAGAUGAGAUGGGACGGAACAUAAGGAAAGCCAGGCUUCAAUUUUGGGAUGAUACAUCAAAGCAUCAAAUAGAUAAAGAGUGCAGCAUUUGUCAGGAGGAGUAUGAAGCAGGUGAUGAGCUGGGGAGGCUAAAUUGUGAACACAGUUAUCACUUUCAGUGUAUAAAACAAUGGGUUUCACAGAAAAACUUCUGCCCAGUAUGUAAGCAGCAAGUUGCAGCACGACAUUGAGUGACACAAUCCUACUGUUUUUUUGGAAAGCUUCCAUCUAUAGAUUUGUGUAUAGUUUUUCAUAUCCAAUACAAGCAAGAAUUUUCAUUCUUUGCUGUCAUUUAUCAUUUCAUAUUUCAAAACUUAAGCAUAUCUUAUCCUCUGUGAGGAGGCGGCAAUUAUAUGAUAUUGAGUAAAGGUUUUUUAAUUGGGUUGAGAGUUGAGACCUUUGCAUAUUAGAGGCAAGAGUGGCCUUGCCUAAGUGCACUUUUCUUUUGGUUUUCAAUGGAGUUGUGUCUGUUACAAAUUAGGAUAUUUCUAUUUUGAAUGCUUGUCCUCAACUAUACCCCUUUGGGUCAUGUGGAGAUAGAUUUUGUUGUUAGUGGCUGUAUCUUUAAUCUCUAUACAAAAUUUAAAAAAUGUUCAAUCUCUAUAAACAUUUUUA